ACGCACUCACGACUUUAUUCUUUCCACUCUCUUCUCUUCUUUUCUUUUUACAUUUGAAAUUCAUUCGAAUAUAUUCUUCACUUCAACUUUUCUACUUUUUAUAUGCUCUUCUAAUAACAACAACAUUAAAGAGUCUCUCUCCCUAAUUAGUUAUUUGACUUAUAUUUGUUUUUCGAAGUGAUCUUCAUCACAAAACAUCAAACUUUUGUUGUUGUUAUUGGUUUGUCCUUAUAAGUAAGCAAGCUUGACUUUUGAAACAUCAAAAAAACGAAUUAGAAUGGAACGUGGGGUUCUUGAAGGUAUCAUCAAUAAGUUGCUCGAAGUCAGAGGAAGACCUGGGAAGCAAGUCAAUCUUUCAGAGACAGAGAUCAAACAGCUUUGUCUUGUCUCCAAGGAUAUCUUCUUGAACCAACCCAACCUCUUGAAACUAGAGGCUCCUGUUAAGAUCUGUGGAGAUGUCCAUGGCCAAUACUCCGACCUUCUGAGACUUUUCGAAUAUGGCGGAUUUCCUCCGCGUUCGAAUUAUUUAUUUCUAGGUGACUAUGUAGAUCGCGGAAAGCAAAGUCUAGAAACAAUAUGUCUUCUUCUAGCAUACAAAAUAAAAUAUCCUAAAAACUUUUUCCUUCUAAGGGGAAACCAUGAAUGUGCUUCAAUAAACCGUAUAUAUGGAUUUUACGACGAAUGUAAAAGAAGAUUCAAUGUGAAGCUAUGGAAACUUUUUACAGAUUGUUUCAACUGUUUGCCCGUGGCAGCUCUCAUUGAUGAAAAGAUUAUUUGUAUGCAUGGUGGACUAUCUCCUGAGUUACAUAAUUUAAAUCAGAUAAAGAAUUUGCGACGACCGUGCGAAGUUCCUGAGAAUGGUUUAUUAUGUGAUCUCCUGUGGUCUGAUCCUAGUUGUGAUAUUCAAGGUUGGGGAGAAAGUGAACGUGGGGUUUCAUAUACAUUUGGUGCUGAUAGGGUCAAAGAAUUUCUUCAAAAGCAUGACCUUGAUUUAAUUUGCAGGGCUCAUCAGGUUGUGGAAGAUGGAUAUGAGUUUUUUGCUAAUAGACAACUUGUAACAAUUUUUUCAGCGCCUAAUUACUGUGGAGAAUUUGACAAUGCUGGUGCUAUGAUGACAGUUAAUGAGUCACUUGUGUGUUCUUUUCAAAUAUUGAAGCCUCUAGAUAAAAAGCCUAAGUUUAGCUUUGGAAGCACAACUACAGUUAAGAUUAGUACUCCAACACAGUUCAAGCAAGCAUUUCUUGGUGCUAAAGCAUGACCUGGUGGACAUAGUUUUGAUUGGUAACGUUUGGUUCGUUUAACAUGGCCAAAGUUUGUUUUGAAGAAGUGUUAUCGUUGUUCACUACAAAGUAAAAAUACAAUGCAACUACCCUUCAGGGACAGCUAAAUGCAUAAUUUCCUUUUCAUCUUCUUUCACUAAAUUCCUUACAACAAAGUUGCAACUUGUACAAUAUUGUCAAAUGCAAAUAGUGGACUGAGGUCGAACUUCUUCUCUUUUAGUUAUCCUAUCAUGCUCUAUGCCAAUCAGAUCUAGCUUAUGGUGCUCUUAUCCUCACAAGAAAACACAAAAAUAUUUUAAUAGUACUGUUAAUUUAUUUUAAGCCUCCAUAAAACUUUCUAUUGUUAGAAAGCAUACUUAAUAUCCAAUGAUAUACUUCCUUAUAAAGUUAGCCAUAAUUUUGUUUGUGGCAAUUGUAAUUAUUGAAAGAUGUUUCUCUAUCAUAAUUUUGUGAAGAAUGAAAUGUGUAAUGUAUGGAGAAUAUUAAAUCCCGCAUAUGACAAUUGUAGUAGUUUGUAUAAAUUCUUAAAUAUUUUGAGUUUGUUUAAUCAUUA